UGUAAAGCGCAGACUGGUGAGUAGCUGCAGUUGACGGUAGGUCAGCCCUGUGGCAGGUGGCUAGUGAGCAGUUUUGCAAACAAAGGUUACCGUCAGCGUAGAUCAAGAUAUAGCAAGCUUCGUCUUGUAGCCAGCUCUGUCACUCUUUUGGUCGAGGUUGCCGAGCUGUCUUUCUCCGGUGUGAUUAUGGACAGCGGCAGGACGUAGUCAGUAAGCUACAGCUCCACUCAUGCUUCCUGUGUCAUACCAGUCCCAGCCAUGAUAGAGCCUGUGGUUGAUCACCAGAAACGCUUUCAGGCUGCAGUGGAUGUCAUCCAAAAACUCCCCAAAAACGGCUCCUACCAGCCUUCCUAUAAGGUCAUGCUGCGUUUCUACAGUCUGUACAAGCAAGCAGUGUGUGGUCCCUGUACAGUGCCUCGGCCUGGCUUCUGGGACCCAGUGGGCCGCUACAAAUGGGAUGCAUGGAACCAACUGGGAAAAAUGAGUAGUGAGAGCGCCAUGGCAGCCUAUGUGGACGAGAUGAAGAAAGUUGCACAGGAGGUCAUUGACACCAUGCCCAUCGAUGAGAAUACAGCCUCACUCUUCAAAUACUUUGAGCCUCUCUACCUGUUCAUUGAUGACAUGCCCCGACCUCCAGAGUCACUGCUGAAACUCAGAGAAGCUGAAUCUGCAGUGUUGGAGGUUAUGCCGCUCACCAGUGAUUCAGAAAGUGAAAUUUUCUCUGACUCAGUGGAUUCGUUGGAGCUCCAUAGCGUCAAGAGCCGGUCAGACCACUUGUCCCUAGAGUCUUCUCCAGCUCAAAGCCAGAAGGAAGGCCGAAAGGUUGGGGCAGGUCAAGGUGGAGAAGGAGCAGAGGAUGGGAUGGUUCCAGACAGGAGGAGUCUGCACACUGGGCAAGAAACUUCUCAGCGUGAUUGGAGAGAACGUGCUCCACAGGGAAGUCUGGGGUGGUCCCCAGGUGGUGGAAGUGGGCAUGGACGUGGAGGAGGGCACGGUUCAGAAGGUGGUGCAGAGAUGCUGCAUGAGGCUCACCUACAACAGCAGAUCAUCCUGGCUCUUCAGAGGCUCAGAGAGGACAUGAGGAGUGUGAUGGACAGAUUGGAAGUGUUGGAGAGGCUUGCUGCCACACACGCUCACGAUUCAGACUUGAGAUCACACCUGCAGUGUUCACUACAACAGGAACAGAAUUCGUGGCCGUUUGACAUGUCUGGGCAGACUGUCGUCUUUUUGCUGCUGUGGCCUUUUGUUGCUCACUGUCUGGUCUACCUGUUGAGGAAGAAAAGUCGCAUGUCUUCAUGAAGCAGCUGAUAUUCAACCUAAGACCAGUGAACAAGUCCACAAUAUCCGUGAAGGAGUUUAAUGGGGAGAAGUUAUCCUCUACAUCAUUAUGUGAUUUGAUGCUCACCAUGGAUUCAUACUUAUUACUGAAAAUCGUGAUUAAAUCCUUCAAAAAAAUCACGUCAUUUACGAGCAGCCUAUAAAUGUGUUAUAUAUGAUUCUUGGCACAUUUUUCAAUAACUGUAAUAAAAUAUUGUUCAAUACUUGUUGGAUCUCCCUUAAGCCUUCCCACUCUGGGUGUCCCAGGAUGUAGUGCCUUAGUUGUAGGUGGAGUAGACACAGAGACCCAUACAGGUAUGAAACAGGUACAGGAGUCUAGGUGGUAUGCUUCUGUCGGUUUGUGUCGCUACAAACAGAGACAGUGGAAGAAUCGCCCUUCUAUGUGCAGUUCUGUAGGUUCACAGUGUAAUUCACAUUUAAAGUGAAUUACACUGUGAACCUACAGUCUUACUGGAAGUGUCUAAAGAACCUUAGAUCAUUCAAAAAGUUUGUUAUUUUUAUUUUGUUUUUAUUUUAAGAAUUCUUGUCUGGCAGCGUUUGCAGUCAAAAUUAUGAACGUGUUUCUUUCCCAAGAUGAUCUCUAUAAAUUCUCUUUUGGCUUCUCUUGUUCAUAUGACUCUUUUUAUGUGUUUGUUUUUUCAUUUCUAUAUGUGUUAUUUCAGUUAUUAUAUGUGUAGUAUGAUAAUGUCUAAGGCGGGAAAAAAGUUAAGGUGGUAUGGGCAUCUCACAAGGGCGCAUCCUAUGCUAAGUGUUUCGAGGCCAAGAGACGGUGGAGAGACUACAUCUCGGGAUGCCUCGGUGUCCCCCUAGAUAAGUUGGAGGAGAUGGCUGGGGAGAGUGAGGUCUUGGUGGCUGUGCUUAGGCUGCUGACCACCAAGACCUGGCUCCACAAAAGUGAAAGAAAAUGGAUUUUGGAUGGAGGUAAUUCAGGUAAGAAAAUCCCCAAAUGGCUGCAAUCACAGCUUUGCAAGAGUGAUGAAAACAUUUCUCCCACUGAUGCUACAUCCAGAUGAACAGAAUAAACAUUUUGGAUGGUGGAUGGAGUAAGAUACACAGGGCUUUUUUGUGUCAAGUUCUUCUUUCAUUCAUUUUACCAUGAAUCUAUGGAUUCUGCAUUUAAGCUGAGAAGCAUUUA